AUGACUCCUGGAAACGUCACACCACGUUUCAUCGUUGCUACGGGUGCUCUAAAUAUUCACGUAUGGCGAGAGGUUUGUGGCUCAAGCAUCCAGAAUCUGCGUCAAAAUUUUCUUUUUCCGGAUUAUCCUGACGAAAUUUUCAUGAAGUUCAGUGUGGUUAAGUUUCAAAUUACAGACAAUACCAUCGAUUAUGGUCAACGGAUUUUUGGCUUUCUUCAUCCUCCUCAGAGCGACGAAUACAACUUCGCCAUAGCGUCUGAUGACGAGUCGGAGUUGUGGUUCAGUCCUAGUUAUGAUCCGGAACAGAAACGAUUGAUUGCGCGAGUUUAUAAAGAAGGAGUAAAUGCUUGGACCAAGAAGGAUCAACUUGAUAAAUAUCCUGAACAAAUCUCAGAACAUCUAAUGCUUUCUAGAGACAGAAAAUACUACAUAGAAGUUGUGCAUAAGCAAGGAGUUGCUCUUGGUUUUGUACAAGUUUAUUGGAAGCGUCGUAUUGAAACCGACUUUUACCUUGUCAGUUCGGAAUACUUGUCGUCCCAUACAAACGAUGUUACGGUCACCGAGGCAAAAGAUGUUUUGCACAGUUUGCUUUCGGAGAACUACCAUCAAGAUCUUGAGCUGAAAUCUAAAUCAAUAGAUCCUGAACGCCUGCAUUUUCUUUCCCUUCCUUUGAUCCCAAAAGAUAUUUAUCUUCCCUUGUGUGAUUUACAGUCUAACUAUUUGUCAAAUGGUAAAGUGUAUCGUUACCAAGGCCGCAAAGCGGUUCAGUUAUCCAGUGUCUACCCUGCUGAUGAAAGUAGUAUGCUGACUAAUAGUGGAAAUUCGUGGAGUGGGCCUAACAAAAUUGCUGACAGGGACACAGUUCAAGCAGCCAUGGAGGAGAUAGUUAUGUCGUUAAACCGUAAAACCUCAAAGUAA